CUGUAGUUUGAGUUACCCAUUUGAAGAACAAUUUAAAGACCGUCGAACAUGAGAUGACGGCUUCUUAAUUACACGAAUCCCUAUGCAAAUGGGAAAUUUUCUCUUCUAGUUUCUUUUUGUUUGUUCAUCUCGUUCAGAAACAUCGCCUCUUAUUUUAUCUACAAUGAUUGAGUUGCUUUGCUUCAAUAUCAACUAGCAGCAAAACACUCGAGAAACUUUUGCACAAGUAGACAACUUUUGUAGAAUAAGCGUAGAGUGAUCUACCAAGGCCAAAGCCAGGCAAGUUCUAACGCCAUGUCAAUUAGUUUCUUAGCUUCUCAGCAUUAUAAUGGUGAUUUGCUUUCUCCCUUGUCUGUAAUGCCACUCAAGUUAGAUGGAUCUCUUUGUUUCAUGGAGUCACUCAGCACAUUACAACCUCAAGAAAUGUUGCCAAAUAUCUCACCAAAGUUUGAGGACUUUCUUGGUAGUGCAAAUCAUGGAAGAGAGGCCACAGCUUUGAGCUUAGACAGCAUAUACUACAAUCAAAAUGAUGGUGCUGAUGCUGUCUCAGAGAGGCAACAUUGUUUGAAUCUUUUUAAGCAACAAGAGCAACAUAUUCUUUUUGGAAUGUUCCAGUUUCCAGCUGAGGAUGCCAACAAGGAGUCUCAUAUUGCAAGCCAUAGCUAUGAAAUUCGACACGCUCUGGAGCAGCGUAUCUAUCGGAUGAGUAGCCAAGACAUAGAGCCGCUUAGCUUGUCAAUGAGUCCUCGUUCUCAUUCUAGUUGUGUUACCGCCACCAUGGAAACAAAGAAAAGGGGUUUGCUUGGUCGAAAGAAGCCGGUGCACCGGAAGUCGAUCGACUCGUUCGGACAAAGAACAUCACAGUACAGAGGUGUUUCAAGACAUAGAUGGACUGGUAGAUAUGAGGCUCAUUUGUGGGAUAAAAGUUGUAAGAAGGAAGGCCAAACCAGGAAAGGAAGACAAGUUUAUCUUGGUGGCUAUGAUAUGGAGGAGAAAGCAGCAAGAGCUUAUGAUCUUGCAGCUCUCAAGUACUGGGGACCCUCCACGCAUUUAAACUUCCCGUUAAAGAAUUAUCAAGUUGAAAUUGAAGAAAUGAAGAACAUGAACCGCCAAGAAUAUGUCGCCCAUCUGAGAAGGAAAAGCAGUGGAUUCUCCAGGGGAGCUUCAAUAUACAGAGGAGUAACUAGACAUCAUCAGCAUGGGAGAUGGCAAGCUCGGAUCGGAAGAGUCGCCGGGAAUAAAGACCUCUAUCUUGGAACAUUUGGCACACAAGAGGAAGCAGCUGAAGCAUAUGACAUAGCAGCCAUCAAGUUCCGUGGCACAAACGCGGUUACAAACUUCGACACUUCAAGAUACAACGUAGAAAGGAUCAUGGCGAGCAGUAGCCUUUUUUCAAGAGAAAUAGCAAGACGAAACAAAGAGCAAAAACUAACCAACGCAAUCGAGUGCAAAGAACCGACACAAAACAUCGAUCGAAUCGACCCCUCGGAGAUAUCCAACAGCAACAACGUAGUUUGGAGGUCGGCAUUCGACGACACGAUGUUGCUGGAUCGAAACACAACCAUUGAAUCCAUAGACCGAAAGUUGGUAACAUCCUGUGGUUACCUAAACCAUCUAAUGGGAGUGGAAACGGCAAUGGUGAAGGAUUCAAGGAAGUUCAAGGCACAUUUCUCCAAUGCUUCAGUUUCUUUGCCUGUUAUGUCAAGUGUUUGGAAUGAUGUCUGAGACAUACAGACAGCUUCUUUCAAUAUCUUUCUUCAAUGUUUAAUGAAUUGUCUUCAAUUCCAUCGUUAGUGAGUAUUGUUGGGAGGGAGUCCCACGUUGGCUAA